AUGGUUGCGACUGAAGAUAGAGAAGAUCCAGACACUACCCCUCUAAUGCGGUGUCGCAAGGAGAAUGCGCCGCAAGGGUCAACAAGUAACCCAUUAUUUUUACAACGCAUAGCAGAAGAGAAGGAGAGAAGGAAAAGAGAAGAAGAGGAGAAACAAGAAAAGAUGUCACGAGUGUGCCAAAUCAUCGCAUUAGGCGAUUUGGCCAGAAAACUGCAUGAUGAGGACGUGCACCAUGACAACGCAAGGGUAGAAGAAAAAGAAAGAAGAAGGCUCGAGGAUGAGCAACGCAUAUUGCUUGCCUCGGAGCAGUUUGAGAAAGAGUUGAGAGAAGAAGAAGAAGAAGAAAAUAAGAAGAAGGAGGAGAAGGAAAAACGGCGCAAGGCCAAUAUGCAACACAUUAGAGAAAACAAAAGAAAAGAAGUUGCGAAAUGGAAACGGGAACAAGAAGAGCAACACAAGGUAAGGGAACGCAAACAAAGACAAUAA